AUAAUAUACAUGUAAUUAUUACAUUUGUCUGCUUCUUUACUCACACAGUGAACUGUUGAGCUGUGAGUUCAUGAUUUUAUCUACGCUCAGUUUUGGAGUAAGCGCGUGGAGGAGUGUAAGCGUGAACGGCCUCUGUGAGCUGCUGACCCCGGACCCCAGUCAUGUGGCUCCUGCCUCUGAUUCUGUCUUCGCUGACACUUGCCGUGACAAGUGGAGAUUUCAUCAAGACGUGUGACGAACAGCAACACACUUCUGUUUCUGUCACUCCAACAGGCUCUGUCUCACUGUGUGUGAAGACUGACUACAAGCCUCAUGUUUUUGUAAAGGCUGGCAUACACUGGUUCCGAAAAGGAGAAGAGGGAAAUGGAUUCAAGAUUGACUGGAAGAAGGAUGACGAUUCAAACUUCAACAUCACCAUUGUUGCCUUGAACUUGACAGCGGGCAGAACACAUGACUUGAAGUUCUAUCCGUUUGACGGAACAAGAGAUCGGAAGAAUUUGACUGUUACAGUACAUGUUGUGAGGGCAACCCCACAGGAACCCGCGGAGACAAUCCCCCGAACUUCAGCCCCACCCAAAAGUAGAGUCAAUCAAGCGAACUCCCCCAAAGAACAGAAGGAAGACAGUGAAGACAGAGAAAAGGGAGGAGCCCGACAGCAAGGAGAAGACGAUGGGGAUCAUAAUGAAACACACGAGAGCGGGUGUCCUGAUGGAUCUAUCGUGCUGGGAGAAUUUUGUGCCGUGUUCCACAAGAAGAGGAGCUCGAUGGCCGACGCCCACAGGCAGUGUCAGAGUAAACGCAUGUCAUUGUCGGCAGAUGGGUUGAGCAGUUCUGAUUUUGACAUGCUUAAGAAAAGUGUUCAAGUUAAGGCAGUAUGGACUGGGCGAAGAAAAUGGAGUAAAUGUGAAACCCACAAACUAAAUAAUGCAACGACGUCGAAGUACAAAUCCUGUGGUAGAAACAGAGCAUUCUUCUGUUUUUCUUCUCGAAAAGGUAAACCAAAGCUCUGCUCAUGGAAAAAGGAGGAGAAGGAGCCAAAGACUGUCUUCUUUGACCCAAGCAGCUCAGACUACAUCAGAUUUCAACUGUGCGUCGUGGCGUUUCCAGAUCUGAUUAAAACAAUAAAGCUCAAUGAGAAACAGGUGAUAGCAAAGCUUAGUUAUAACGAACACAGGGUGACCAUCCAGCCAGAUCCUCGAGGUCUGCACCAGCAUAUGGUGGAAAUAGAGCUGAGGGAUAAGUCUUAUCGAGCUGAGAUGUCUGUGGAGGUGGAAGUGAUCUCCAGUGAAUACAAUAGAGCGACAUUUCCGGUGGAACUCCGUCCCGUAGGUUGUCCAAAAUCUCUGUCUGCAAUUGGGAGCAGUUUCAAUUACGUCACGUUGUCGUGGAAACCAGUUCCGGAGUUCGACAUGAACCAAUCCUACUACGUCUUUUACAGCAAGCUGUCAGAAGGGACGUGGCAUCGAAGUCACGUAAGGGAGAGUAAACCAAUGGGUGGCCUCGUCUCAUGGAAUGUGACAGGUUUGAUACAGGACAGCCGUUACCUCUUCAAGGUCGUGGCACUGAGCAAUGGCUCACGGGUAGAUGACGUCAUCAAGAACUACUGUUCAAAAGAAGUCUCAGAGGCUACUGGCUUCCCUCUUACUACCACGGCACUCAACAUAACCACCCCACCCACCACCACGGCCACCACAACCAGUACCACUUUAAGGAGCACCAGGAGAUAUUUCCGGAGCACCACCACCAGCAAGCACACAGAGACCGAAAGCACCGUCACUUCUGCAAGAUGCUUCCCGCCCUCCACAGUCCGUGGCCAAUGUCCCCUCGGCUGGCUUACAACGAGAGACAACUCUUGUGUGGCUUUCCUGAUGACGCCAUCCUUCUUAGAAGGGUACAAAGAUUGCAGCAAGAAAGGAGGCAAGCUGUUCUCCAUCGGUGAAAAGGAGAGACCGUGUGUUGCAGAUUUCCUAAACAACACCCGUUACGUGUGGUAUGGUGUUGACCAGUCUUGGUGUAAACUUCAAGACCUAUCCAGUGGACGGUGGGAUUGGAAAACUUGCCAAACACAACAUCAUUACCCUUGUGAAGUAUCCAUCCCGUUACCCCAAACAGAAACUGUCACCUUUGAGAGAAUAGACAGGGGCAAUAACUCACCUGUGGACAUCUGCUCAGACUCACCGCUACAAAUACUGCUCCAGUGUAGCACGACCUUUAACCCCAAACCAAAGUUUACAAUUCUCGUGAACAACCAAGUGUACGCUAGGUCAAGACCAGAACAUGUGAUUGGAAGUGGAAACAAUACCUACGUGUACUCGUAUGACUUUGUGCCGGAAGCUGGAGGAUCCUACAACAUCACCUGUGUUGCCCAGGGAGACAAUACAGCGCCUGUUGAAAGUGACCAGCUGACCAUUCUCGUCAGAGAACCACCUCAAACAGAACCGGAGAUCACCAUAAUCAGCAUCGGACCACCCGGCAACGUCCUGAAAAACCCGGAAGUCGUCUCUAAAAGCACAGCUACAAAUGUCACGUGCUUGGUUGAUGGUGGAUACCCGCCCGUGACGUCACAAGACAUUCUGUUGACUUGUGGGAACAUCUCGGGCUCUGAACAGAUAACUCUUCCUCCCGUGGACUCUACAGACGGAGAAAUAGCCUGCUCUUGUAGUGCGUCUCACAUUACUGGAUGCUACUCACGAUCUGCUCACACAAGAUUUAACGUUUCAGCACUUCCACUGAGCCCUGAGGCAAGCACGGACAUCUCUGACGUCACUGUGGUCGCCUCUGCAAGCGUCGCUGUUGCCGUUCUCGUCGUCGUCGUCAUCGUCGUGGUGAUUGUGCUGGUGGUGAGGAGAAGAAGGCGCCAUUCGGACACAGCAAUGGAAAUGGAGCCAAUGAAUGACCCACGGCGGGUCACAGGUCAACCGACAGAGACAUGCAAAAGUAGAGGGCGACAUUCGGACAGGCUCUUCGAGGAUGACCUUUACGUGUAUCCCAGGGAUACGGCUGUGACCACGGAGCCAGAAGAUGACCCACGGCGGGUCACAGGUCAACCGACAGAGACAGGCAAGAGUACAGACGGAAACCCCUACAAUGAUGCUUAUUCCGACGAUACACCGACAAGCGACAUUCACAGCCCCAUCCUGGUCACGAAAACCAUGGCGGAAAUCAUCACACCUGAGGCUCCGACAGACCCAAGUCCUUACAACAAUGUGUUAGCCUCUGCACCAAGGUCAAGGACAGGACAGGACGGUCAAAGUCGAAUCACCAACCCUACUGGACAGUAUGACGUGUUUCCGGGUCCGGAUAGUGUAGCUUUUGUUUCUGCUGAUGAAGUGGAUGCUUCCUAUCUGUCAACACAGGCCAGUUGUACAGGACCGGACGGAUAUGUGAAAAUGGAGAAAAUCAAGAAUCAAGGUGGCAACCCAUAUGAGAAUGAUUAACAAGACCAAGGUGUAAGCUCGAGUGUGGUUCCAGCAGUGAAAAACUCAAGACCAAAGAGUUUCAUCUGACGAAAGUGAACAAGCUAUAGAGUGAGGUCCAUGUAUCACCAAACUUCUUAGUAAAUCUAUUAGUGAAGCCACUCCGCAUGCAAAGACCUGAAAAGGUUAAACAGAGCGAUUUAUUUUUAAAACAAGAUAAAAACAAAUAGUUCCAUUUAACUUUUCAGAUCUUCGCAUGUGGGCCUUAAAGUUAGAUGACCAACAUAAUCAGUUAUCUAGAGCCCAUUUAUGAAGGCCACCUUUAACUUAAGGAUCCGACACGUUUUCUUUGAUGUUAGUCUUCAGUGGAUUUAAAAAAAUAAUAGGGGGUUUACAGCAUUUACCUAAAACAUUAAAAA